CAGGCAGGAGUCGGGAGAAAUGUUGAAUCAGUGUGUGUGAGGAGGACGGAGGUAACUGCUGGUCUUGCUGGAUUCUCUCACUGAACAGGUGCUUCCGCCGCUGUCCUCUGCGGGUGUCCAAACGUUUACGCGGAGCUGCCCCGGUGAGCUCCGACGCACCGGUGACUCACACAAGGAGGAGGUUGGGCCUCUCCAAAGCUACCAGGAAGCUUCUCAGCACACACUUUGUGUCUGAUGACAAGUCUCAGCGCUCGACACCAGGAUUUGGAAUUUUUGUUUAACCAAAAGAAAACAUUCUUUCUUGAAAUGUGACAAAGUCUUGUUUAAAGACUCUGGUUCAUGAGCAAGGAUUUUUUCUUCGCUGUGAGCUCUGUCACAAAGGUGCAAACAGAACUACAGAGCUACAGCUGAGGGGCACUGGUAGCCCUGAAUAAUUGCCCCUCGACUGAAGGCGCCAAAAAGGCUUUUUCUUGGAUUGUCAGCAUAUUAUUAAAGGUCACUAUCCUUUCACCCCUCUUCCCCCUUGAGCCCCGUCUCGCUGCUUCAUUUUUUCCCUCUCUUUUUUAAAUUUCUCAGCCCUUGACUUUCAGAUUAUUGUGGGAUUAAAUAUUUGGCCCUCAGAAACCCCUGUUCAAAUGUCAUUUCCCACCCAGGAGUAUACUGAGACUGAAACUUUAACCAAAAUAACACCCAGGAGGAAGCAGUGAAGGAGAAAAGAGGGCUGGAAGAGGAAGGAAUAAAGGAGACUGAAGGGCAGAUGGCUUCACUGCUCGAAAACACCAACAGCUGGAUGAAUAAAACAUUUGAGUAGAGAGCGAGUCGUGACAUCUGGCUGAGGAGUGAGUGACUCGCGUUGCUGCUUUCCUCCUUUCUCCUUGUUCACUUCACUCUUUUCACUGACCUACAUCCUUGUCUUCUUCACCCCCUCCCAUCCAUCUUUCUUUUCUCUCAUGUCAUCCUCGCUCUCUCUGUGGACACAGGAGUUCAGGUGGUCACUCAGACAGACAGAAACAAGCUUGUGACUCUGCUUGUUUCUACUUCUUGCGUUCCACCUUUGCGUGCCCUCUCCUGCUUGCCCUCCUUGUCUCUCUCUCUACCUCCUCUACGGUGUGGUGUGUGUGUGUGAUGGUGCGUCCCCUCCGCUCGGCCCUGGAGACAUGCCUGUGCAGGAGAUGGCGGUGAGUCCUGUCAAGUCUCUGUACUGGGAGCAGUUCCCUUCCAUGUCGCAGUGCCGCGUCUACUGCACGCCUGUUUACCACGAAGGCCUGGUCUAUGUGCUCGGGGGCUGCAGUGAGACCGGCAUGCCUCUGGACAGCGUUGAAGUCCUGGAUGUAGAGAGCCAGACGUGGAGCCAACUGCCUCCACUGCCUACUGCGCGGGCGGGGGCCUCAGCUGUGGUGCUAGGGGGCCAGGUUAUGGUGCUUGGGGGAAUGAAUCAGCAGCAGACCCCUCUGGCCUCUGUGGAAAUGUACCACCCCGAUGAGGGCAAAUGGGAGACAAAGGCGAGUCUGGGUCAGCCAUCCAUGGGAGUCACCACAGUGGAGAAAGAUGGAAAAGUGUAUGCGCUGGGGGGCAUGGGUGCAGACACAACACCACAGGCCCUGGUUAGGGUGUAUGAUGCAGAGAAGGACCAAUGGCACCCAAUGACAUCUAUGCCCACACCGCGGUAUGGAGCCACGCCCUUCGUAAGAGGAACCAAAAUCUACGUGAUGGGUGGUCGCCAGGGAAAGAUGCCGGUGACAGCACUGGAGGCUUUUGACCUGGAGAUGAAGAGCUGGACACGUUAUUCCUGCAUCCCCAGCCGGAGGGUCUUUUCCUGCUGUGCUUCAAAUGAGCGAAGCCUCUUCAGCCUUGGGGGCCUCCAGCAGCCGGGGCCGCAUAACUUUUACUCCAGACCUCACUUUGUCAGCACCACGGAAGAGUAUGAUCUGGAUCAAGGUAUUUGGAUAAAACCCACUCGGAUGUCCAGGAUGAGGGAGAAGAGGGCUGACUUUGUGGCAGGAUGCCUGGGUGGAAGAGUCAUCAUAGCUGGUGGUCUAGGCAAUGAACCCUCGCCGCUGGGCUCGGUGGAGAGCUAUAACCCAGUGAAGCGGCGCUGGGAGUACGUGGCGCCCAUGCCCACCGCGCGCUGCUCCUCUGCUCUUCUGCAGGCGACCAACAUGCUGUUUGUAAUUGGUGGAGUUUCACAGGGACCCAGUAAUGCUGUGGAGGCCCUGUGCAUGCAGGAAGCAGUGUGACACAAAGACACACAUGAACACACGAGCAAGAAUAUGUGCAAACUGGCACUGAUAUUUUUCUUCAUGUGCGUGAACAGAGACACAAACACAUGAAAUGGAUCCACAGAUCCUGCUUGUACUCUUCUACCUUUAUGUCCGGCUGAUGGAUUCGUCUAGUGCACCGGGCUGUGGGAAACUCUUUUUCACAUUCGACAAACAUUUUCUGACAGGAGCUGCGGAGACAGGUUGUGACAUCUCUGGAUGAAUACAAGAUUAAGGACAUACAAGUGGACUGCUGUGACUGGCAAGGACAGAAAACUGACAAUUCUUUUUUUUUUUUACUCUGGGGAAAUCAAAGGAAGAAGAAAAUGAGCAAAAAAACAGACACCGUGUCUGAAGAAAUAACACGCCUUUGAACUGUUGAGCAUUUUUCUGAAUAAAAGCAGGGUACUUUUCUGGAUAAUAAAGGAACAUAGGGCCAUAUCUGAAUCUCUUUGUUGCUCUCCCCUACUGCUGCAACAGCAAGCUCAGACACUUUUCUAUGACCUUAGAAACAACACUAUAUUGAGUUUUAGACAGUUGAGGUUCUGAGAAUACAAAUGACUGUUUUGGCUUCUCACUUUUUUGGUUUGGUUUGUUUUGUUCUGUGUAUAUGCGUGUAAAGCAACCACGACCUGGUGUCACACACCAAGAGCAACUCAUGCAGCUGCAAGCCCAUCUAUUUUCUACAAUCAGUCAACCACUGAUGGAUGUUGAGUCAGACACUGUGUUUCCUUCAUUUCAGUUGAAAAACUGGCUGCGAUUGAGCUUAUCACCUCAAUAUGCUUCACAUCUGUCCACCAGUGCAUCACAGCAAUCACUUCCAGAGCUACUUUACAUUGUACCACGCAGAUGUAGUUGAUGGCAGAAUAAAUGUAGGGCUUUUCAAAUGUGCUGCACAGAAGCAUCCAGAUAACCCUAAUUUUUUAUUUUUACUUCAUAUCAGUCAGAUUGCAGAUACACUGGGAAGAGGAUUUUACAAUCAUGAUUAUAGCAGUUUUAUCACUCUCUAGGUAUAAACAUGUGAGGACAUUUAUGUAUUUAGUUAAAACCAUACAGUAUUUAAGAAUGAGUAUUGUUGGACAGUUUCAUGGUUUUCUAUGGAAAGAAAAGUGAUUUGAAAUAUGUUUGGGCGUGACAGAGCUAACAUCAUCAUAGUUUUUUCUUCGCCACAUGAACAUAGAUGUCAGUGUUGUCUAUUUAAAGGUGUUUCUGGCAAAAAAAAAAAAAAUCUGUCUUGUGAAUAUAAAAUAUUCAUGUCUGUGUAGCUAAAAGGAAAGGAGACUGAAAAGUUUGUGGCUUGCAGAGGAAACAAAACUGAAAAAGUUCACAGAAAGUUUCUGCAGUACCGUCUUUUUUCUGCCCUUAGUCUGCAUUUUCAGUAGGAUCCAAACAAUAUUUUUUUGGGGGGGGGGUUGCUUAAAAAACAUAAAAUAUGUUACUUCUCACAUUAUCGAUUACAUAAAAUAUAAUUAGUGUAUUUAGUUAUCAGUGUUGGGCAAAAUAGUUAGAAAGCUGUACAAAUAUAAUGUGUAAAUGUGUUUUUACCACUGGCUAAUAUUAGCUAGCCUACAAUCUGUUAGCUAACUUGCAAUCUGGCUUUAUAGCCAGCAAGGAUGAUAUGUUUGCUUAUAUGCUGAUCUUGGUUGGCCUUCCACUGAAGGCUUUCCUUUAGUGUGUUCUGGCAUAGGUCUGCUAGCAAGCUAGCAAGCUAGAUAUUUUGCGCAAAAAAAGGCAAAUUAAAAAGAAGCCUAAAAGUGCCUGAAGCUGCAGCUCCUCUGAUGGCCAAAGGUGUUUUAAUCCCUAUAGAGUCCUAUGUUAAAAUGCCAGACAGCAGAAAUAAACAUAGUUACAGCCUUGUACAAAAAAAAAGAUAUUUUGAACACAUAGCUUAAUGACAGCUUUACUGUUGGCCAAUUUUAAACUCACCAGUCUGAGUUAGAUUAAGGCUUCAUUAUUAAGGGAGAGGCUCUCUGAUUGACAUCCUUUUGUUGAGCAUUAGGGUGUACUAAAGGUAACUCUGUUUUUUCAUUAAGUAUUUGGUUUUAAAAUUGUUUUUUCACAAACCAAAAUCAUCACUGUAUUUAACGUCAUUUUGAAUUACAAAUUAUUUACUAAUGCAGCAGGCUAACCAAGCUAACCAAGUUAGCAGAGGUUUGUUAGCUGAUACUUUCCAACUCCACUCAAAAAACAAAGCACACAAGAAAAACAAAAACACCCUCCAUUAUUUUAGCUUUUACCAAAAUGGCUAAGAUUAGGCUUAACACGUAGUUCACAAAUAGAUAAUUUCAAAAUGGUAACACCCGUCUCUUAUAUGCUUUCUGUUUUAAAAGAAAGGACAUUAAUGGCUGACCACUAUGCUCUAGGACUGGUAGUUUCCAAUUAUUCUUGGUCUCACUGGAAUCUACUGUAAGUGCCGUGAUUUCAACAUCUGUAGCUGCUACAAACGUUUCCAAGCCACCACCAAUGCAGUAACCUCAUCAAGUCACACUGAAAAAGACAGAUUUUAGAUUGUUUGGGCAAAGGUGAGGCUUUGCGUUAAAGAGUUAAUGGAGAAAGCUGCAGUACACAAUGUUUUGUGACAGAUGCGCUGACCUGCGGAGAGGAGAGAGUUUGAGCAAGAAAGCAAAGGAAAUCACUGUGCAGCAUGUAGUCUCUGCUGGUCUUUAUGUAUUCUGCUGAACCAUGUUCUCUCAUAAUGGUGGCAUUUCUGAAUAUGCAAACACAGAUCCAGUCAGCAGCUUUUACUGUAUUCAUUUACUGUAACACAGCACUCUUUUAAGGCCUAGCAGGUUUGGUACUGAGAAUUUCUAACCUCGGGUCUAAUUUAUAAACUUUUCUAUUAUAGCCAUAGUAGGCAGGAACAGUAGUGAAGACACUAGAAAUAAUGGCACUAGCUAACAUUAGUAGAGACACUAAUACACAAAAAUACUUUAUAUAACCCACCAACUAUAAUGACAUGGUUUAACAUUUAAAGAUGAUAUUGAUCACUUACAUCCAGACCAUUUGAAAUGAGUGAAAUAUUGACUUAAUCCGCAGAAAAACUUGGAGACACACAGGAGUAGAGGAAGAAAGAGCUGUCUCUGGCCCCCACAAUAAGCUUUUAUUCAUACUAAGACACAUGCAAACACACACACAUACGUCUCCUUCAUUGUCUUUCCACCUGCUUCAUAUGUUUUCUGGCCCACACCCUGGUGCACCGUGCUAACAGACUCACACAUGUAUUGCUGUGAGAGAGCACUGCAGGCACAGGGGCUCAGAUGAGAUGCCAGCUGACAGUCAGUUAUUUUAGGCGCUGCACUGUGUGCACCUAAUUGAGUACGUUAGGUACAAGUCAGAAGCUCAUAUAUGCAUGUGUGCACACACACUGAAAACACACCACACACACACCUGCUUGUACACAGAGCCAAGCAAGCGUGAAUGCAUGCAUAGUCCGUCUGGAUACAUUUGUUUGGACGUUUGGACAUUCUUUCUCAACAGCUCGGUUGUUUCAGGACUCUGUCCGUAUGGAUGCCUGGCCAUAUCGUGGAUGUCUUUGGAACAAUGACUUUGUAGAAUAGAAGAAUUUGUAGAAUUGGUAAAAUGUGUAUAUUUACAUGCAUGUAAUCUGCCCACAUAGUAUAUGGUUGGCUUAAAUUUAGGUCAUAAUUUGUCAAAUUGGCCGGCUCGCUUGUUUGUUAGUUUUUUUUAAAAAUAUCUCCAGCUGUUAGUUUCUUUUUACACUUCUUCUUUGUCUUUUUUCACUACACACCCAUGCUCAUGGCUGCAGUAGGAGAAGUAACAAUUAGCUGUCUUGACAGUUUACACAAUAAUCAUAACAAGGCUCAGGGAACAUAUGUGUACGUAUUGUAAUACUACAGUAUGCCACUGAGAGGAACUGACAGUGAGACUGGCCCUGUGAUGGUUAAUGGACAUAAGCAGAGUUAAUUUGGUUCGUACUUUAGCUUGGGGGCGGCUGACACACAGCAACAUUUGGAGGCGUUUUUCUGGCAACCUGCACGAGCUCUUGAGGAGCUACCAGUGCUUUUUAUGUGAAAACAGCUGUUUGCUGCAUGUGGUAAGAAGGUGGAAAACAGCAGAAAGACAAUCUGCUGAAAGAACCCCCUAUUUAAAAAACUAAAGCUAAUUUAUUGUACUUACAUACCGUAAUUUAACAAACAUUUGUUUAACAAAUCAUAUCUCUUCACAGUCUGUACAGCAUUUGUCACCAUGUGUCCUUAAACCCCUAAUUCAGAUAGGGAAAAAGCCUCAGGAAGAAGACCACAGGAGGGGCUUGUGUUCCACCACAGGCAGAUGUGAACCUGAAAAUCUUAAAGUAAGGACAAUCAGAACCCAGGAUGGGUUUGCCUCUACAAGUGAAAGCUCACAUUUCAUAGCUAUUUAGUUGCUAAUAACAAAUAUAUAUCUUACAGUAGUUCUUUUUUCAUUUUUUAAACGUACAUUUUUUACCAGUGGCAACUGAGCAACAUUAGCAUGCAUUUGAUGGUUUUUUUUUCAAUAGUUACAAAUUUCACCCUCCUUUUGUGUCUGAUUUGGUCUCCACACAUCCAAAGCUAAAACUUGUUUCAUAAAAACAAGUGUCAGGCAGAGAUUAAAGGGGCUAAGGGUUUUUAGUCAGCUUGGUGUCCUACAAUCAUGUUCAUGUGUAUCUGCUUGUGGGAAUGCUUGUUGUUAUGCCUGUGUAGGUGCAUGUGAGCUUUUUUUUGAGACCAUGACACAUUCACCAUCUAUUAUUGCUUUCUGGAGGUUGUACAAUGCAAGCUUUCUGUCGCUGCAGCUAUUGGAUCCAGUUUACCUGCCACACUGCAGUCUCCUGAGAUAUUCUGGGACUUUUCUAGAGCUAGCUCUCUCUUUUGGCCUGCGGUCUCUACUGGCAUUUUAAUAAUAACAAUAAAAAAAAUCUUCAUCUCUCUGACCUUAACAUGGUAUGAUGGAUUUCCUGAGAAGACGUCUUGUAAGUCUAGAAUUUGUCCUUCGGCGUGAAAGUCUGUCUCUCUGGCUCUUGAUGUGAUGUAUGUGCUAGGCUGUGUACUCACUGCAGUAAGAUCCAUCUGCAGCGUCUGACAGCAGGUUGAGAAACAGAACAAAAGAUCAGGAUGCUUCAGUACAGGUAGCAGCUAAUUACGUGCUGUUUUGUUUUAGAAGACCAUGAGCAAGUGAUGCACAAGCAUAUGUAAAUGUCUAUGUAAAUGUGUUCUAGCAAUACAGGUUGAAAGUCAAAAUGUAUUGUGAUCCUGCUUCUCACGACAGCAGCAUUAAUAUGGUUUUAACUGAUAAGAGUGUCUACACGAAAUGGCUCAAAAAUCUUCAGAACCUGAGGCGUGAAGCAAUUUUGCAACCAAGUGCCCGACCAUAUGACAAUAAUCAUCCUACACUACAGAGCGCUGCUGACAGGGAACUAAUGCAAAACAUUUUCAAGCAACAAAUGAGACUCCCAGGGCCCCUCCCCCAACAAAUUAAAAAUAAAAAGUUGCCUUGUGUGUCCUUACCUCUUAAAACUGCAGAUACAGUAUGUACCAUCUUCUCCACGACACAUUCAGGGCCAUGUUUUGGUAAAGGCAGCCUUGUGCCUUGCUUCACAAAAAUAAGGCCAGCAGACUCAGGUUGGGACAAAACGACAGGGGUGCAUUUUUAGCACAGUGCAAAGACGAGGGGUGGGAAAUGCUUAAGUUAGAGUGUUUCAGUUUGAAUCCAAUCAGAACUGUGUCGUUUUUUCAGCAAUGAAAAGCUUCUCCUUUUUUUCUCUUUUCUUUUUUGUUGUGCGGGCAGCUUCAGCACGAAUUCCCGGUUGCCCGGGCAACAGGGAACAGUGUCAACACCCGCCGGUAGCAUAAAUGUGUUCGCUUUUACAUUAGCAUAGCAUAGCCAUGAGUUAUUUUUAUUCUUUGUGUCUUUGGAGCUGAACAAAAAAAACCAAAAUAAAACCCCAAAAAAGCAAAAAUAAAAGAAAGAAAGAAAGAAAAAACAAACAUGUCUUUGAUUAAGUGAUCAAGAUUAAAUAUGAGUAUUUUUUUGUUGUUACUUGUUCCUAUUUGUUCAUUAUUUUGGCUUCCAGUUGUUUGUCUUGUGGAUUGAGGUCGUGAGGUGACAGAUGUGUUGUAGUGUUGUCCAGAUCUGAGCUGGGUUCCCCAAAGUGUUUGUCACUGGUUUGGUGUUCUUGCAAAGCUUUGCUUGGGCUGAAAAUAUAUUUUAAUAGACAUACACAGACUAAAAAAUAUAUAUCUUUAUUUUUUACCAUGUGGGUCAGAUGAGAUGUGUAGAAGCACACUUUGUAUAUUUCUGACAAGGAUACUAUGUUUGUUGGAAUAUAAAAGCCUACAAAGGUUAUGAGUGCUAUUUUAUGAGUACUUCAAUUUCUUGAGUGGGUUUCAGCGAAAUGUAGAAAACAUUCUGUGACUGAAACAAGAUGCUUCUACUGUCACCAUCUCGGAGACCACUGGCCUUUCUGUGCGUCUGUCAUUUUCACUGCUCGGCAUCAAAGUAUAAACUAGUUUGUACAGACAUUUUGGGAAACACAAACCCAGAAUCCACUCUCCUGUUCUGAUCUCUCUCUCUCUCGUUCCCUGUACUGUGCUGUUUCCCUACAGUGAUUGACAAAACCUGGUAAACUGCUUUGUGGUCUCAGUAUUGCCAUGUGCUCUGUAUUUGCAAAUGUGAUUUGGGAGGCCUACUAAAAGUUACCGAAUGUACUGAAUGUGAUAAGACAGAAGACGAGACGUGGGGAUGGAAGCUUUCUACACUCUCCCAGGCAUAAGUGGGAAUGUGCAACAGUUAAAUAGAACCUUGUUUAUGCUGUACUGCUUUACACUUACAAUGACAGUGUAAACAUGUAGUCAUAGAAUCACACCAUACAUAAAAACUAUGCACUUACAUGGCUUCACCCUCAAGUGACACUAACACUAGCAAGAGUCAGAUAUGAGUCCAAUUCAGCAACAAUUAAAUUCAAUGUCACAACUGUAAAAAUACAAAUAUAAUAGAGAGAUUUUACAUCAUAAUAUACAGUACUGUUUUAUUAAUUCAGGUUCACUGACCGAGUUAUAACAUAUUGAUGUUAUUUGAUCCAAAUCCAGCCAUAACAUUCAGCGCAAUCAUUUAGGACUGCUGAUAAGUAGUGUUUACCCUAUGGCACCACAUAUUCACCCUUAAACACACUUCUUUAUAUGGUUGCUUGUUUCUUACAUCCUCGGCUGCAGCUCUUCAGCCACACAUACAUGACAACAACAAGAAAACUUGUUGGGUCCCGGCAAGUUUAAUAGGGGAUGCGUGAUGAGCUUCUCGAGCUCAGGUGUGUCUGCCUCCCCCGCAGCCGCGUCAUGAACCAUGCCCCGCCACACCCUAUUUUACACAUUAAAUUCUUUGUCUCAUUAUGCAAGUGCAUGAAAAACGCUUUGAAGUUAACAGUCAAAAUGAUAUAUUGGAAACCAGCAAGUCAUUUAAAUGGUUGCCAUUAAAAAAAUUAAGGGAACACUGGGAUCUCACAUCAGAUGAUGACGAGAUGAUGAAAAAUGCUUUGUCUCAUAUUUGAGUAACUAUUUUGUAAAUAUUUUGUCAAUAAUUAUAAUUAUUGUGUGUCUGAGAAUGACAUAUUCAUAAAAUUAAUACUCUUUACAGAUGUACUUGGCGUUGAUAACAAACACGCUGUAGACAUAAGGUUAUAAUUUAUCAAUAAUGGUCUGAGGAAACCAAAAUCAACCCCUUGAGAGCUCCCAAAAAUUUACAUUUUUAAAAUUGUUGUGUUAAGAGUGUUCCCUUAAUUUUUUUGAGAAUUGUUUAUAAAAAUAAGGCCUCGCUUAGUGCUGUCCUAGUGGCAGCCUGUUGUAGCAUGAUAUAUAUAUACAUAUACAUAUACAUAUAUAUAUACAUAUACAUAAAAUGAAAACACAUUUAGCACAUUUUAGAAAGGAUUUAACUUAACCCGCAGAUUUGAGUCAAGCCAAGUGACCUAACUGCCAGAAAUUAAAUUUUAGAUCAAUUCCUAAUGUCAAACUUGAAAUCAUGCCCUGGUGUCUUGCUCAAUUUCAACCAAAAUUUAACAUUUACUAGAAAACAGAUCACUUCAUUUUCAUUACCUAGUGGGGACAAUCUGUAACUGGUUUUAUAAUUGUAAAUUAUAAUGAAUUAAAUAACAUUUUAUUUAAAAUUGGCUGUUGCUAAUAGUUUAACAGUUCAGAGAACUGUUCAUUAAUUAGUUAAUAUUUAAAUGAGACGCUAGAGCUCGAGUUGGCUAACUUAGCUCAACAUAAAGACUGGAGGUCAGGGAUAAUGACUAGCUUGGGCCUUUCCGAUUAUUGGUGGCUGCAAAGGAAAGCUUAUUUAAUUUGACUUUUUAACAAAUAGUAAUUCAUUUACUGUAAAUAAUUUCUAUCCAUAAUAUUUCUGCCCUUUGCCAAGUAAUAGUUUAAGGUCACCUCUAACUGUAUUUGAACCUUACUGUUCUGGUACGAGUCAAACAAAAGAGUCUCAGAAUGUUAAACUAAAGACAGACACUCUUUGUUUCUACUCUUUAUGCUAAUCUCAGCUCUCUGGCUUUAGUGCCACUGUACACAAAGUGGUAUUGAUACUCAUAUCAAACAUACAUUUUAUUGAUUUGCUCACUCUGACUGGACUCAUACCUCUGACUGGGUUAGCCUAUUAGAUACAUUAGAAACAACCAUAGCUAGUCACUUGAGGGUUAAGUGUCACACAAGAGGCAGCAUGUUGUAUUGUGAUAAAGCUAAUGCUAGGUGCUUAUUCUGCACCACACAUGUACAAAGUUAUUAAGAAAUUAUUUCUUCUACUUGAUAAUCCCUCUAACAUCAAACAAGAUUAGGCUACUGCCUGUUUACAGGAGGAGGAGUGUUUCCUUUUCAUUCACCACUCACACAGAAAGAUAGAGGGCAUACGCCGGCAUUACUUUUCUUGUUAUAAUUCUGGUUAUAAUGAUGAAGUAAUCUUGGUGGUAUUCAUUGUUGUGGUUGUUGUUGUCACUGUAAUAGGUCAAUGUAACAUUGCAAUGUGUUUUAAAGUAAUGGUUGGGAUAAAAAACACAGUGAAUGAGAUUGUAUUAAAGAGCUGAGAGAAGUACGAGGCUAAAUUAGCUGAUAGGAUCGUGGAUGUACAAAGGGAAAGGCUGCCUCCCCUCACCAAAGCCUGCCAGACACAUUCUUACACCACCAGAUAAAAUCAGUGGGUUUUAAAAAUGAUAACAAGGAUUAACAAUGGGUUAGAGCACAAUCCAUCCAUCCUAUUAACAGCUGCAUGACUUUGGCUAAUAACUCAAUAAUGACAGAUUACAUACAAUAAGCUUUCCUAUCUUUCUGAGAGGAACAAUAAUACAACCAGAGUUACUUUGACUUUUAUUCUUCCAUUCCGAAUUCCUAAUUCAUGCUUUGAUGAUGAAGCCUAAAAAGAAUAAUUAAAAAGUUGGAGCCAUUCAGUGAUAUGAGCAGAUAUGGUUUUGGCUCUUGUAUCACAAAUGUUGUUACACAUUCAUUGGUCAAUGACUUGUUAAUCACAAGUCAAGCCAAGCCAUUGAGCCCUGUUUAUCUUCUUUUCUCACUCAAAUUUACAGAAAACACUUAAUUAUGAAUUUAGGAUGACUUGAAACUGGCGACCAAAGCUGCUGCCUCCUGCUGGCCAUUGGGGAAAAAUGCAGGUUUAAGGCAUUUCUAUACUGGCUUCAGUUUUCAGACCUUCUUUUAUAUAUAGUUUACCAGUAUUUACAUGUUGAAUUACACCAACCGAUAACAGUUUGCACCACACGCCUGUUCUGCAUGCACUAUGGGUGUAUCUUUGUUCAAUCUAAAUGAUCAUUUUGCUGCUAUAUCUUUAACAUUUAGCAUUAUUUGGGUGUCUUGAUUUGACGUGCUGUACAUGUAGCUGUAGCCAAAGUAAAUGUGACUGGCAGGCUUUGGUUUUCAGACCGAGUAGUUGCUGUGAAUCCAGUGCAGUAGUUCAGUGCCUAUACUAAAUGUGAGGUAGUGCCUCGACUAUGAAUCCUGUUCUAUAAUAAACAUUUUUGAC